AUGUACGACGACCCGGAUCGACCGCCCGGGCGGCACAGGACAACGGUGGGUGAGAUGCCCUGCCUCGCCGGUCCGCGCCGAACCGCAGCCCGACAUCGAACAGUUCCAACCGGUGGAUUAUUGCUGUGGCUGGGAUUGCUGACGAUGUUUGUCAAGGGAAAUCCCGAAACACGCAGUAACGAGCAGGAACUGAAGCCGAGCUUCGCCAGCCCGAUCGAGAACGUGACAGUUCCUAUAGGUAGAGAGGCGACGCUCAGUUGCAUUGUACAAAAUUUAGGUGCCUACAAGGUCGGCUGGAUGCGGGCCUCCGAUCAGACAGUCCUGGCGCUCCAGGGACGGGUUGUGACGCACAACUCACGCUACAGCGUGACGCAGGAGGAACGUGACGUCUGGCGGCUAAAGAUACGCAAUGUGCGCGAAUCCGACCGGGGUUGCUACAUGUGUCAAAUAAACGUCACGCCGCUCCAGAAACAAGUAGGCUGUGUGGAUGUGCAGCUACCGCCGGAUAUAUCGGACGAACAAUCAUCCUCGGAUAUGACAGUGCGUGAGGGUGGUAAUGCAACGUUUUACUGUCGCGCCACCGGACAUCCAGCACCGAAAGUCACCUGGCGAAGGGACGAUGGAAACUCGCUCUAUCUGCUCCGAAACGGGACCGACCAGCGCAAGGUCGAUCAACAUGUUGGCAUCUUCCUGAACCUGACCCACGUCAGUCGGAAACAGAUGGGUGCAUAUUUGUGUAUCGCUUCCAACGAAGUCCCGCCAGCCGUUAGCAAGCGCGUCUACCUCAACGUUCACUUUCCACCAAACGUGACGACGGCGAAAACGCUGCUCGGGGCGUACGAGGAAUCGGACGUGGAGUUGGAGUGUGAAGUGGAAUCGUUUCCCCGCUCGGUCAACUACUGGACGAAGGUAGCGAAGGGAGGGCGCAACCCUAGCGGCGGCCCGAGCUCGUCCAGUGCGGAAAGCUUCAACCAUCACCAGCAGGAGGUGAUGCUGAACGGUGAUCGGUACGAAAUUCGGGAGCAAUAUUUUGGCAGCCUGUACUCGGCGAAGAUGACGCUCCGGAUUCGCAGCUUCUCCAUGGCCGACGCUGGCAGCUACAUGUGCAUAUCAUCGAACGCCUUCGGCAAGACCAACCGAACGAUUCGGCUGUACGAGAUUAAAAGACCGACGACCACCACCACCACCACGACGACAACGACCACCACGACUACGACGACUACAACGACUACCACCACUACACCUGCACCGCCACCUCCUACGCCGCCGCGCCGAAGAACUACACUAAUGGGCCCAAGGCCACCGUACGACACAACGCCCUAUCCUCCGACAGGAUUCAUCAUCGAGUACAUCACCUACUCGCCGGGCUACGUCGAGUACGGGGCGAACGGUGAGACCUACAUCAACUAUCCGCAUCUGACGGCCUACUCGAAAUCGUCCUCCUCGUCCUCCUCUUCCUCCUCAGCGAACCCGCACGGAUCAGCGGCGGCUUCGUCAGCGGCUUCGCCACCCUCCACGGUCGCGCUGCUCGGUGGCCGUUGGACCGCCGGCACGCUAGGCGGUACGCUCCGUCCCCUGUCCGGGCUGGAGGAUAGAUUUAUGAGCAUUUUGAUCGUGACAGCCCUGUCCUGUGUGUCCUUUUUUCGCUACUUUCAAAUCUAUCUGCCCUGGAUUACACUUUUUCUGCUGCUCGUACUGAUCGGUCGCAAGCCGAAGGAGAAAAUCUCGCCCGAUCUCGUCUUCCACCAUGCGCCGUGUGCGCUGUGA